UUCAAUGUUCACUGAAGUACAUUUGUCAAUUAAGUCAUAUUUCGAGAGUACACCUGUUUCAUCAUGGUCAUAUUUGGGUUUUCUAAAAACAUUGAAAUCUUAUUGCAUCUCGGAAGAAUAUUCGCUGGACGAUCUGAAGGCCAUUUGGAGGAAGCGAUACAUAAAUUUUCUAAAUAACUUUCUUGCUGAGAAAGAACAUGAUGGUGAUAUCAAAAAGCGUGUAACUAUUCUGAUUCGACAGUGCAGCCUACGAGGGGUGCCGUUCCUCUCUGCGGUAUGGGGUACCGUUCCUCAGCACUUGUAUCUCACAAUCUUCUCUGCUGUUGCACGGCCUAGGGAGGGUGCCGUCCUUCUCGAGAAGCGUCCAGCUGAAGAAGGGAGCUUUUGGGAUGGUGAUGUUUUCGAUAAGAAAUCGCAGAUAGAAGCGUUGGAUGUGCUCUGUGUUUCUCGUAGUCAGAAGUCUAAUGAGUAUGUUAAUAAAGUAAAUUCACGCCUACUGAAACAAGCUGGGAUAUCAAGAGAAGAAGUAGGUACCAUAAUAGGACAAAAAAGAUCAUACGAGGAAGACUUACCUUCGACACCACCGGGCAAGAUCAGAACAAUCAGUACAGAAGUGAAUAAUGAUUUAGCGUUCAGUGACGAGACAAACAUUGCUACUUUUUUGCAGAAAUCAACUGCAACUGAGGUGGAAAUGAUUCCUCGAACAACAAUAGUGCAAUGUAAUAGUGAGGAGGAUGAUUUGUCUCUCAAUGACGAAAUUGAUGACGUAUCUGCCGAAGUUCAACAGUUUAUUGCGAAAAUGAAGAGAGUGAAGCACCGUCUUUUUAAUUAUCAUAUUGUCAACCUUUCUGAGCGGAAUCAAAUGGACCCAGUUAACAAAAUCUUUACAGACGAUGAGAAGAAAAUGAUGAGAAAAUUCUGGAAACUUGGUGAGCCAUCGGCUGAAGAGAAAUUAAACACUGUACGACGAUCAAAAUGGGAUAACACCAUAAAACAACUUGUUAAUAAAUAUACGUCUGCGGUUGAGCCCAGAUCAAUUUUUGACGAAGAAGAAUCGCAAUCAGAGAUUAUUUUUGAAAGGCCGUUUAGAGGAAAGCUUGUAUUUUGGACUCAUUAUGACCUUUUGUGGAUUCAGGACGUUUAUAAGCGAUUUGUACUCUUAUUUGCCAUGCCAUUCAAUGCACUUCUUGAUCCGGAUGCAACAGAGUUUGCGUAUAGGGAAUCAUUUGUCAAUCCGAUCAUUCCUAAAGCAUUUGACGAUGUGAGCGCUAAUAUCAGAUUUAAAACCGGAGAGGUAGAAAGUACCUUGCAAAAACAACACAGAAACGAGACUAAAGGGCAAAAGCCGCGUGUCAAUGUCGGGACGAACCAUGACGGAAUCCUCGAAAUUUGCAUGAAUGCUAAAGAAAAUAGAAGUGGGAUUUAUGGAGGUCGUGGGGAAUGCAGUGUUGGUGGAUGUGACUAA